GGAGGGCCUGAGGGAAAGCAGGUGGCAGCCCAGAGAGCAACAUCUGUGCGUGUUCACACAAGCUCUGUGCUCUCCACUGCGCUCAGCACUGGGGAUACUUGUCUGGGUGAGAGGGGAGCUUUCUGCCACCCUGCUGUGUGAGAAGCACCAAGAUGGAUGGGAGGCUCUUAGCCCAUCCCCUUUCCUCUGCUUUUCCCAGCCUCAUAAGGAGAUCCUGAUCUCUCGAAAUGGCCAGCGAGGCUUUGUCGGAACCAGGAGCCACAGGAGAGAGCUAGACACAAACAGGGAAGCACCACAUAUAUUCAGAACCUAAAAACUAAUCUGCGGAGAUGUCUGUGAAGUGAGCCAGCUCCCAAGCACAGGAUCAAGGGAUGGUUCGAGGCUGCCAUAUCUUCUCUCUAAUGUUUUGUCCCUGCACCCCACUUCAUCAGAGAGAUGCUUAGUUCUGUGCCUGCUCCCUUCGGCCCAGCCUUCUGUUGGUGACACGCUUGCGCUGUCCCAGUGAAGGUUACCUGGGCUGCUGGAGUCAUUCCCUUACAAAAGCGAAGGAGGAGGGAGUGAUGAAUGAAUGAGAUUAUGCUGCCGAAGACAGAGCUGGAAGUGAUGUACAACAACUGAUGCUUUGCACAAUUUGCAACCAGGCAAGUCAUUCCAGAGCCAAUAGGUCCCUCCUUGCAAGCAGAGAGAAGCUGGGCUCUCUUCUUAGCUGCUAAUUGCUCGGCUCAGCAGCAAACCAGUCUGUGCUCAGAGCAUUUAGAGGUUUUGGGUAGUAGGCUAGAAGACCAAGGGCUACAAUGGAAGAGAAUGUGUUCAGCGUGCAGCAGAUACAGCCCAAUGUCAUUUCAGUGAGACUCUUUAAGCGCAAGGUUGGGGGUCUCGGGUUCCUGGUGAAGGAACGUGUCAACAAGCCCCCAGUAAUCAUCUCCGACCUGAUCCGAGGAGGGGCAGCUGAGCAGAGUGGCCUCAUCCAAGCAGGGGACAUUAUUUUGGCUGUCAAUGGCCGGCCACUGGUGGACGUGAGCUAUGAGAGUGCCCUGGAAAUCCUGAGGAGCAUCGCCUCGGAGACCUAUGUGGUUCUGAUCCUGAGAGGUCCUGAGGGCUUCACCACACACUUGGAGACCACCUUUGCUGGUGAUGGGAUGCCAAAGACUGUUAGAGUAACCAGACCUUUAUGCCCAGCUGCAAAAGCAGUCGACUUGACCCAUCCAAGCAUCCACAGCAGAGACCUGCAGCAGGGUGCAGACCAUCUCAUGAGCUCCGCUAGCUCGACAUGGGCCAGAGGGAACGGGCAGGAAGCAGAGUCCCUUGUGCACAUCAAUGGUGUGGUUGCCAGCACCAAAGGCGAGGACUCUGUGAAAGGAAGGGACAAUGCCAGCAUCAAUCCUUGCCUGAAUGGUGGGGUCGAAAACAAUGAGCUACUAAAAGAAAUAGAGCCAGUCCUGAAACUCCUGAAGAGCGGCAGUACGGAACUCAAUGGUGACGUGCCAACCAAGGUGGAGACAAGAGAUGUUGAAGUCCAGGUGGACUGUUUCAGGGAAGUGGACAGUAAGUCCCAGAAACCCGUUCAAGCCGGGAUGGAAAAUGAUAGAGUUUUUAAUGACCUGGGAGGGAAGAGCGACACGCCCAUCGUCCUGAACAACCCCUACUCGGAAAAAGAGCAGCCACCAUCAUCUGGUCGACAGUCCCCAACUAAGAGCUUGGUGAAUGGAAGCCCUUCUAAGUGCCCACGGUUUGCCAAGGUCAAGAACUGGGAGACUGGUUCAGUGCUUCACGAUACCUUACAUCUCCAGACAGCCAUGGCCAGUGCGUGUACAGAGCAGAUCUGCAUGGGCUCCAUAAUGACGCCCACCCAGCAUAUCCGGAAGCCAGAAGACACCCGGACAAAAGAGCAGCUGCUCUCCCUGGCUAAGGACUUCUUUGAUCAAUACUACUCUUCCAUAAAGAGGUUUGGCUCCAAGGCCCACGUGGAGGGGCUGGAAGAAGUGACCAAGGAAAUUAAAGCCACAGACAGCUACCAGCUCCGGGACACAGAGCUGAUCUAUGGCGCAAAGCAUGCCUGGCGCAAUGCAUCUCGCUGCGUAGGCAGGAUUCAGUGGUCCAAGCUACAGGUGUUUGAUGCCCGAGACUGCACCACAGCCCAUGGGAUGUUCAAUUACAUCUGCAACCACAUCAAAUAUGCCACCAACAAAGGCAACCUCAGGUCUGCUAUCACCAUAUUUCCCCAGAGGACAGAUGGCAAGCAUGACUUCCGAGUCUGGAAUGCCCAGCUCAUCCGCUAUGCUGGUUAUAAGCAGCCAGAUGGUACCAUUCUGGGAGACCCAGCCAACGUGGAGCUCACGGAGAUCUGCAUCCAGCAGGGAUGGAAGGCACCCAAGGGGCGAUUUGAUGUCCUGCCACUCCUCCUCCAGGCCAACGGCAAUGACCCGGAGCUCUUUGAGAUCCCACCGGAGCUGGUGCUGGAAGUACCCAUCAGGCAUCCCAAGGGAAGUUCCCCACCCCAUCAGGAUCCAGCUAGCUGGCUGACCUCACCGUGUGCUCGGCAGGUUCUGAAGUGGUACGGUUUGCCAGCGGUGUCCAGCAUGCUGCUAGAGAUCGGAGGCCUGGAGUUUACUGCCUGCCCUUUCAGCGGCUGGUACAUGGGCACUGAGAUUGGCGUCCGAGAUUACUGUGAUAACUCUCGCUACAACAUGCUAGAGGAAGUAGCCAAAAAGAUGAAUCUGGACAUGCGGAAAACCUCCUCGCUGUGGAAGGACCAGGCACUGGUGGAGAUUAACAUCGCUGUUCUGUACAGCUACCAGAGCGACAAGGUGACCAUUGUGGACCACCACUCGGCCACAGAGUCCUUCAUCAAGCACAUGGAGAACGAGUACCGCUGUCGUGGAGGCUGCCCUGCCGACUGGGUGUGGAUCAUCCCCCCGAUGUCCGGCAGCAUCACCCCCGUCUUCCACCAGGAAAUGCUCAAUUACCGGCUCACUCCCUCCUUCGAGUACCAGGUACCAUCUGUAGCCAGGCUUCUGCCAGUGCGUCAUACCCUGCCCCUUGCAUCUACUCCUGGCUCUUCUCCCUCCUUCCAACAGAGCGACAAGGUGACCAUUGUGGACCACCACUCGGCCACAGAGUCCUUCAUCAAGCACAUGGAGAACGAGUACCGCUGUCGUGGAGGCUGCCCUGCCGACUGGGUGUGGAUCAUCCCCCCGAUGUCCGGCAGCAUCACCCCCGUCUUCCACCAGGAAAUGCUCAAUUACCGGCUCACUCCCUCCUUCGAGUACCAGCCUGACCCUUGGAACACACAUAUCUGGAAAGGAGUCAAUGGGACGCCUACCAAAAAGAGAGCCAUCGGUUUCAAAAAGCUAGCCAAAGCCGUGAAGUUCUCUGCCAAGCUGAUGGGGCAGGCAAUGGCCAAGAGGGUCAAAGCGACCAUCCUCUAUGCCACGGAAACGGGGAAGUCCCAAGUCUAUGCAAAAACCUUAUGUGAAAUCUUCAAGCACGCUUUUGAUGCCAAGGUAAUGUCCAUGGACGAGUAUGACAUAGUCCAUCUGGAGCAUGAAACCCUCGUCUUGGUGGUCACCAGCACUUUCGGCAAUGGAGACCCACCGGAGAAUGGGGAGAAAUUCGGCUGUGCCAUGAUGGAAAUGAGGAAUCCCAACUCUCACCUGGAAGAGAGGAAGAGCUACAAGGUCCGUUUUAACAGUGUCUCCUCUUACUCGGAUGCACGGAAGUCUUCAAGUGAUGGGCCCGAGGCCAGGGACAACUUUGAGAGCACAGGGCCUCUGGCUAAUGUCAGGUUCUCGGUGUUCGGCCUGGGAUCGCGAGCCUACCCCCACUUCUGCGCCUUCGCUCGUGCUGUCGACACCCUCCUGGAGGAGCUGGGAGGGGAGCGCAUCCUCCGCAUGGGGGAGGGGGAUGAGCUCUGUGGCCAGGAAGAGUCUUUCAGGACCUGGGCCAAAAAGGUCUUCAAGGCAACGUGCGACGUGUUCUGCGUGGGAGACGACGUGAACAUUGAGAAGGCCAACAACUCCCUCAUCAGCAACGACCGGAGCUGGAAAAGGAGCAAGUUCCGCCUGACCUAUGUGGCUGAGGCCCCUGAGCUCACCCAAGGUCUGUACAGCAUUCACAAAAAGCGAGUGUAUGCUGCCCGGCUGCUCAUGCGCCAGAAUCUGCAGAGCCCAAAAUCCAGUCGGUCAACGAUUUUCCUGCGACUUCACACCAAUGGGCAACAGGAGCUGCGCUACCUGCCUGGAGACCACCUGGGAGUGUUCCCAGGCAACCACGAGGACUUGGUCAAUGCUCUGAUCGAAAGACUCGAGGAUGCACCUCCAACCAACCAGCUGGUGAAGGUGGAGCUCUUGGAGGAAAGGAGCACAGCUUUAGGUGUCAUCAGUAACUGGACGGAUGAGAACCGCAUACCACCCUGCACCAUCUUCCAGGCAUUUAAGUGCUACCUGGACAUCACCACGCCUCCCACCCCUCUGCUGCUACAGCAGUUUGCCUUACUGGCCACCAGUGACAAGGAGAAGAAACGUCUGCAGGUCCUCAGCAAGGGCUUGCAGGAGUAUGAGGAAUGGAAAUGGUCCAAAAACCCCACCAUAGUGGAGGUGCUGGAGGAGUUCCCAUCCGUGCAGAUGCCUUCCACCCUGCUGCUCACCCAGCUGCCUCUGCUGCAGCCUCGCUAUUACUCCAUCAGCUCCUCUCCCGACAUGUCCCUGGACGAGGUGCACCUCACCGUGGCUGUGCUCUCCUACCGCACUCGAGAUGGGGAAGGACCGAUACACCACGGGGUCUGUUCCUCUUGGUUUAACCGGAUACAGACAGAUGAAAUUGUGCCCUGUUUUGUAAGAGGAGCACCUGGGUUCCACAUGCCACAAGAUCCCCAGGUUCCCUGCAUCCUGAUUGGCCCAGGUACAGGAAUCGCCCCCUUCCGGAGCUUCUGGCAGCAACGGUUCUUUGAAAUAGAGCACAAAGCACUCAAGCCCUGCCCGAUGAUACUGGUCUUUGGGUGCCGACAGUCCAAGAUUGACCACAUUUACAAAGAGGAGACCCUCCUAGCCAAAAACAAAGGCAUCUUCAAAGAGCUGUACACAGCCUAUUCCCGGGAACCAGACAAACCAAAGAAAUAUGUGCAGGACGUGCUGCAGGAGCAGCUGGCGCAGUCGGUGUACAAGGCGCUGAAGGAGCAGGGAGGCCACAUCUAUGUUUGUGGCGACGUCACCAUGGCAGGAGAUGUCUUCAAAGCCAUUCAGCGCAUCGUCAAGCAACAGGGGCAGCUGUCUGUGGAGCAGGCUGGUGCUUUCAUCAGCAAGCUGAGGGAUGACAACCGCUACCAUGAGGAUAUUUUUGGCGUCACCUUGCGUACAUAUGAAGUGACUAACCGCCUUAGAUCUGAGUCAAUUGCAUUCAUUGAGGAAAGCAAAAAAGACGCGGAUGAGUGAGUUGAUGUGCUUAUUUUAACCUGAACAAUUGUUUCUUAAAUGCAGGUGGGUUGUGGAAUAAAACUCAGAAGGAUCCUUUUAUUUAUUUGCAUGGAUGGAGCUUGUAAUAACAGUGACAGGAACGUGUGUCUGAUUGGAAAGGCAGAAACGUAUAAAGCUGCACUCUGGUUUCUUUGAGAGAAUGAUCAUCUUAAUGGGUCAAAUCCCUUCCUGGCAUAACUAUUGCUUCCCAAAGGAAUUGCGCCAAGAUGGAGCUGACCCAUUUCAUCCACUACCCCAGCCUUUUCCAUACCACAAGCCCCUGGGACAACAGGCGCAAUGAAGCAUGAGUGGGCAGUCAUAACUUGGAGCUGGCUGAAAGUUUCCCAGUGGAGUGAAAUUCAGUGGGAACAUGCCAAUUUGAUAGAAUUGACUCGUUCUGUCACAGUGUGUCAAUGUUGUCAGUGGAAACCAAGCUGGCCACUUGUCAGACUCCCUGAGACCUAUGGCUCUGCAGAGCACACCUGGUCGUGGUAGGGGCAAACUUGCUGGCUACCCAGGGAGCUAGGCAGCCAGAGGAGCUAACUGAAGACCUGACCCUGCUCACACUAAAAUCAAAUGGCAGAAUACACAUUAGAAUCCAAGGUGUCUUUCCUGGCCUCAUGUUGACUCCC